AUGGCCCACUAUCGUUAUACGCGCCAAUAUAAACAGGGAAUAAUAGCGCUCAGCGUCUCUCUGUCUUCUUUGGCAACAAUUUUGAUGAUUCUGCGCUUCCAUACUUACUUUUUUGUUGUUCGUCACAAAAGUGGCUGGGCUCUGGCAUGGGCUACUGUUGGCUGGGGUUGGUCGAUGGAUCUUACUCAGCGCAGCCGGUCUGAAUAUGAGAUCCCAAUCUCAGGCUCUCCAGAUGUCGGCUUUAAGUUCAUUGUUGCGGCUUGCCUGACUCAAGUGACUGAGAUUUCAAAUGAAGUUUGUUAG